AUGUUAUACAUUUUGUUGUUUACACUAUGUGUUGUAUUGGUGAUCGUUUAUUUAAAAACAAAGAACAGCAAUUACUGGAAGAAGAAGAAUAUAAUUCAGGUUGAAGACUUGCUGUUCAAAUUUAUGUUUGAUGGUCGGUCUUUGUCUGAGAUAUGUAAAGAAAUUUAUGACAAACAUGAUGUACCUUACAUCGGAACUACUCAAGGAUGUGUUCCUUCGCUAAUUGUAAAAUCUGUGGAAGACGUUCAAGCCGUGUUUGCUGGUGAUUUCCGAAGUUUUCACCAUCGUGGAUUGAAAACUAAUCCUAAAGAGGUUUUAGCCGAUAAUCUUCUCUUCACAAAUGAUUUUCAAAAAUGGAAAUUGAUGCGGCAGAAACUAUCACCAGUGUUCACAAGCGCAAAACUGAAGAAUAUGUUUUACAUUUUAGACAAAUGUGCCCGUGAUUUCGUAUCAUUGGUGGAAAGCGACGAGAACAUGAGAAAAACACCGUUUAAUGUUUUGUAUACCUACACUACGGCAUCGAUUGGAGCUUCGGUAUUUGGUAUUGAUACUCAAACAAAAAACACAAUGAAUUCGCCCUUCUUGGAAAUGGCAAGGAAGUCUGUAGAACCAUCUUUUAAAUCAAACUCACUUAUAAUGAUGGCAGACAUAUUUCCAAAACUUUUUGAUUUUCUUAAUCUAAAGUUUUUCAGUGAUCACGAAGACUUUUUUGUCGGUGCUGUGAAAAGUGUACUUUCUGAUAGAAGGCACACUAAUGAUAAAAACCGUCAUGACUUCAUAGAAACAUGUUUAGAAUUGCAAGAAAAAGGUGUGAUGAAGGACGCUUCGACUGGGUGUGAGAUUAAUCCAACUGAUGAAGUGAUGGCUGGUCAAGCAUUUUUCUUUUUCAUAGCCGGAGCUGACACUUCAGCUAACGUGAUGCAUUUUACAUUGAUUGAACUUUCUUCAAAUCAAAAAGUUCUUAACAAAUUACAUAAAGAAAUAGAUAGCAUAUUUGUACCGGGUAAGAAUGAACUAACCUACAAAGAUAUUGAAAACCUACCGUAUCUGGAUAUGGUAGUGAGUGAAGCAAUGAGAAAAUAUCCACCAGUAGGUGUGAUUCAAAGAAAGUGUACUAAAGAUACAAUGUUACCAAGCGGAGUGAAAAUUGAAAAAGAUAGUACUGUGGUAGUGCCCGUAUUUGCAAUCCAACGGGAUGAAAAAUAUUUCCCAAAUCCACAAGAAUUUGAUCCCGAGAGAUUUGGACCUGAUAAUUCCAACGGAAUCACCAAUUACACCAAUUUACCUUUCGGAGAAGGAAACCGUAUUUGUAUUGGCUCAAGAUUUGCGCGACUGCAAGUGAAAGUUGGUCUUGCUUGGCUGCUACGUCGUUUCACCUUGGCUGAACAAAGUCCUUAUCCUGUAAAGUUCGAAAAAAGUACAUUUGCGAUAAGAGACCCAACGGCUCGUUAUGAUUUCAUUCCCAGAAAAGUUUAG